AUGAGUCGUUUGAAAAUACAUCGAGAUGUAAGUUAUAGUUUUUUGCAAAGUUCUUCUAGCAACCCUUUUAAAAUUCGAAUAACUUCUGUUAUUGUACGUUAUAGAUUUUCAACUACAUUGUCAAGUAUUUGUACAAUGAUGUUCUAUCUUUAUUUAACUUGGUUGAAGCUUUUCCAGAGGUUCAAACUUUUAUAAAGGUGAAUUUUGAAGACUUAUGUAUUCAGAACAAUGUUUACCGACUACCAAACGAAACUUGGUUGUCUGCUUUUGUUAAGUAAGUUUAAUAUCGUGCUAUGUAUUUGAUCCAUGCAAAAUAUUGUAUUAGGUUGUAAAGAUCUUUCUUAGGUUAAACGAGCGUACGAAUUUUGAAACAUCCAGUGUUUUGUUUUUCGAACGAUAUGUUAACAUGGUAACCUGCGCAGGCACUCAUCGUGUCGCAUUUGUUUACGCGAAUGGUAUUGUUGUGGUAAACUUGGACUUACAAACACCUUCUGCUAAAUAUUUUCCGACUAAAGAAACAGUUAACUUUGCUCAUUUGUGCCGCAAAGGAAAUCGUCUUAUUAUAUGCACUGAACUCUCACAUAGUUGGCAGAAAAUCCAGGUGUUUAAUGUGAAUGAUGGACGUGAAUUGAUUGCUCAACGUUACAAUCGUUCUCGUUCCGAUUAUCCGAGACGAAAGCGACUGUUUUUUAGCAUUGGGGGAAAGUUUUUUGACGCAUGCAGUAUGAGGAUAUGUCCUGUAGAUAAAGGAGAUUUAGUCAUUGAUUGUGGAUCGGAUUUGAAGGAAAAUCGUUAUUUGUAUUACUACACAGCAACAAAGCUAAUCGUUGUUGAUGUACGUGAGAAGAAAAGUUUUUUGAUUUUAAAUGACUUGCACAUGAAUGACUCGUAUCCAGAUGUUACUAUUUUACCAAGUAUUGGAUGCGUUUUCAUUAUAUGUAAGUAUUAAUUAAAUAUUUUAUAGUUCUAAGCAUCUUAGUAAAAAAAUUGGAUACAGCAAGUAUAAUAUAAAAGUUAGAGUUUUAACAUUAAUUUAUGUAGCUUGUUUUAGAUGUUCGUGGACAUUUAAAGAUAUACAAGAUUUAUGAUAUAUAUACACACGAUUUAUUGAUGAAUUAUAAAUUGGAAGAUGUAAGGAAGGUUGCACAAUUUAGGCGGUUUUGUUCUAUACAUACUAACCGGAAAUAAAUUUAUUAUACGAAAAAUAUUAGGUUGUUCACAUAAUUCUGCGCCCCGUACCUCACAAAUUAGCUUUGAGAAGGGGCGAAGAAUUAAGUGAACAACCUAAACGAAAAAUAGUAUUUAUCAGAUUUUAAAACGAAAGUUUUAUCAUUAUCAGCUGACAAGACAAAUUUUAAAAAAUUGCAGAACGGAGCCUGCAGCCAUCGGAUACUUUGCGACUACAUUAUUUUUAAUGAAUCCAAUUUGACGGUAUGUUUUAACUUUAGAUAUUACAUAAAUUACUUAAGUUCUGGGUUUAUGACGAUGUUCGCAAAAAGUGGAAUACUACUUCACAUGUAGUUCAAUCCGAUUGGAAAGUAAAUAAUUUCGAACAUUAUACAAAAAUUGGCGAUGGUGUCAAGCAUAUUGUAAUUUAUAAUCGAAGACGUUUCUUGUUACCUUCAAAGAAGCUAACGAUGUUGGAGGCUGUAAAAGGUAGGAAAUGUGUGUAUAUUGUGUAGAAAUCUUAAAAUUCUUAAUUUGGAGUUGUGUAUUGUGUAGAAAGCUUAAAAUUCUUAAUUUUAAGAUGUGUAUUAAGCUUUAAAUAAUUACAAUUACAGGCGUAAUUGCAACAAUAAAAGUAUCAGACGGGCUAGCCGACACAGAUGGUGGUUUCAUCGGUGAAUUGUAUUCGGAACUGAAGAAAAGUCGUGAUGUGUUCGAUUUUGGCAAAAUGUCACCGGAUGAUGUCAUGUUGAAGACAGUACUCAAGUGUUUGCGUAAACAACAGGUUAGGGCCGAACGAGAACAUAGACUAGAAGAUUAA